AUGUUUGAAAUCCCGGACGCGAAACGGAUACGGCGCAGCGACAUCGGCGUGGACGAGCCGUCUGACGAUGAGGGGUCGUCCUCUCCGGAUCCAGAACUCGAGAGGGAGUUGCAGCACCGAUUAGCCUCUCUGUAUGGUCCCAUACCGUCGCCGAAUAUGUCAAACACCAGGCCAGAAAAUCAGACGGCGGAAGAGACGGUGGAUGGUGCGCAAAGCGAGCAGCCCGACGACGACGAACCACAAGAAUUCGAGUUCCGUCUCUUUUCCACUCCUACCAAUACCACAUCCGAACCAAUACAUGCGCAAAAAAUCAUACUUGAUGAUGAUGACUCUGGGAAAGGCAAUGGAGGCUUCGUGAUACCGCGGCGGAAUUCCGAUUACUACUUCACAACGAGCGCCCAAGGCGAGGCGAAAUGGGGAUUCGAGCAUGCGGCGGUAAAUGGAGAGGACGUGUUGAAAGCACAAAAACAGAGAGCAUGGGGCUUGGAGGUGCCGUGGAGGGUUACGGUCAUAAAAGUUCCUGGAAGGUUAAAGCAGAAGAAGACUCUUGGUACCAGAUCCGCGGUUACGGAGCUCAAUGAUGGAGAGGUUAAGCGAAGGAAACCUGGAAAGAAACACAGGAUCAUAAUCAGGAAACGGACUAAGCAAAUGGCAGAAGCUGAAGAGAAGAAGAGAGCGGAAGCGGCUCUGAAAGACGAGACGGAGAGGGAGAAACGGACAAGGCGGAAUAGAGAGAAGAAGCUUAAGAAGAGGCAGAAGGAGAAGGAUGAGAAGGCUGCUAGGAAAGCUGGAGGCCUUGCUGAGGAACCUGAGGGCCAAAUGCCUGCGAGUAAAGCUGAUGGGGUAUCGAAUGCCGGGACAGACGAUGAUGGGGAGUAA